AUGGACAGGAACCAGCAGAGGGAACUGGACACACAUCAAACAUUUGCAGAGGUCCAGAUGGGACCACAAGUCCUGUGGGGUGAUCAGUCCUGUGGGUGUGGGGAGACCUCUGGAGGGACGGCAGGGAGACCUCUGGAGGGACGGCGGGGGGACCUCUGGAGGGACGGCGGGGGGACCUCUGGAGGGACGGCGGGGGGACCUCUGGAGGGACGGCGGGGGGACCUCUGGAGGGACGGCGGGGGGACCUCUGGAGGGACGGCGGGGGGACCUCUGGAGGGACGGCGGGGGGACCUCUGGAGGGACGGCGGGGGGACCUCUGGAGGGACGGCGGGGGGACCUCUGGAGGGACGGCGGGGGGACCUCUGGAGGGACGGCGGGGGGACCUCUGGAGGGACGGCGGGGGGACCUCUGGAGGGACGGCGGGGGGACCUCUGGAGGGACGGCGGGGGGACCUCUGGAGGGACGGCGGGGGGACCUCUGGAGGGACGGCGGGGGGACCUCUGGAGGGACGGCGGGGGGACCUCUGGAGGGACGGCGGGGGGACCUCUGGAGGGACGGCGGGGGGACCUCUGGAGGGACGGCGGGGGGACCUCUGGAGGGACGGCGGGGGGACCUCUGGAGGGACGGCGGGGGGACCUCUGGAGGGACGGCGGGGGGACCUCUGGAGGGACGGCGGGGGGACCUCUGGAGGGACGGCGGGGGGACCUCUGGAGGGACGGCGGGGGGACCUCUGGAGGGACGGCGGGGGGACCUCUGGAGGGACGGCGGGGGGACCUCUGGAGGGACGGCGGGGGGACCUCUGGAGGGACGGCGGGGGGACCUCUGGAGGGACGGCGGGGGGACCUCUGGAGGGACGGCGGGGGGACCUCUGGAGGGACGGCGGGGGGACCUCUGGAGGGACGGCGGGGGGACCUCUGGAGGGACGGCGGGGGGACCUCUGGAGGGACGGCGGGGGGACCCCCUGGGAGGUUGGUAGAAGUAAAGCAGAAGGGCGUAGAGCCGUCACACGUCGCUGACCACAAUCCACCCAGAAAGGGGAAUUCCACCAACUGUCUUCUAGGAAAGACUCGAAAAACCUGA